ACCAAGGAUACCGUUGCUUUCAGUGUGGUGUUGACGUAGAGAUGGCCUUUGACGAUGAAUUAGAGGGGUUGAUCGUCUCUAAGAAGGGCAAAUACGUGAAGCUCACGUCUGUGGUGGUUGAUAAACUGAAACAGUUGAUACUCAGGUCAUCGGAGUGUGACAAGGUCAUCGCUUCGCAUCAUUUACGCGCGGACAAAUUCUUUGAAGAGUUCUUAUGGCCAAAUGUGUCCGGUAAGUGUACCGACAAUACACUGUUCGUGGUGUGGGUUUGUGUUGUGUCUCGUGUGCAAUCAGGAAAGAGGUUGCACUUUAACGGCGAUGAUCGUGCUAAAGUUGAAGAGUUUGUAUUCAGAUCAGUACAGGUCAUCAAAAACGACCAGCAAGUGCUUGGGUUGAAAGUGUGGGCCAUCAGGUUCAUCAGGUCUUUGAUGUCCUCACUGGAUAUCCCGGUCUUAAGGAAGGUGCUGGAACCUGUGUUUUCUAUAGCAUCAUGGAGAUCGCUAAAACAUAAACCACUGGACAAAUUCGACCUGCAAAGUUCAUACGACACAAUGAAUGAGAAGCUGUCCAAGCUGACCAAGAGGCAAGCAAUCAUAUAUAAUACCUUAUCACUGUUUGUUCAUGACUUGUGUUCUUCUCUAACAUCUCUUGAAGCCGUUACCAAGGAUAACGUUCGAUUCUACAAAGAGAUUGUGUCAACUCUCUCGUUGAUACUUUCUCAAUUACCAACAAGAAGGUUUUCCAAGACGAUAAUUGAACACUCAAACGCUUUACAGAUCCUAAAGUAUAGAAAAUUUGACCUGGGGUAUACGCUGGAGUUGUUUGAGUACUUUUUAAAAUUCCCAUUGGACGAAUUCACAGGUGAAAUGGAAACUCCAACAACUUUGAAGGCAAGAUACGACGAACGCUCAACAACUGUUAUCUCAUACCUGUUUACCCAUUUCAGUGACAAACUAGGAAGUGCGAUUUUGGAUUCUUCUGCUGCCAUAGCACCAAAUCUACAAAACAUACUGCUCAAACUAGACCCAAGUGAUAUUGAACAAAUGCUUAUCCAUCUGAAGCUCUCAACUACUUGUCCUGAUUUCUCCGUUGAUGCAUUGUCAUAUUUAGUCUUGGAGUACCUUUCACCACCAGAGACUUCAUCACAAACACUAAAGAAGUAUGGUUACCUUCCGAUGUAUCAAUCGUUAGUUCAAUUAUCCUCGAUUUCUCCAUUUGAACUGCCAAAUCUCAACUCGCAGUUCUUGUCCCUGUCAGACGCUCUAGUAAGGACUUAUAUUGAUGUCAGAUUCGGGGCCUUCAACAAUAUUUCGAAUCACAUUGUUCGCACCGUUUCUCGUUUCAAAAAAACUGGAGUAGAUGGUAAACUGACAGGGUCCAGUCGUCAUGCCAUAAAGUUGGGAUCAUAUAGUGUGGAGUCUACGGUCCACUUUGAUUCAAAGCUUGACUCGAUUAAAAAUACUAGAGUGACUUUACCGGUGGAACUGGGUAACUCUCAGGCUUCCCAUGUUUCUGAAUGGAAUGACAUUAAAACUGGAGAUGUCAUUUUGCUAGUCAAGCUCGGUGAUAGAUUACAAGGUAAAGGCUCCUUUGAGAAAUGUGGAAUCGAAAACGUUUGUUCUCUCCAUGUUGAAAGUGUCGCAAACAAGAAUGGUUCAAAGAAGCUGUCUUCCAAUAGCAGGUCGUUCCUUAUACAUGCAAUUGGUUCCCACGAGGAGAAUUUCGAGAACAUGAAUCUUCUACUCAAGCUACCAGAGGCUUUAAAAGACUAUUUUCAAAGUCUGAAGAACAUUGAAACCAUCGUGGAUUAUCCUGAUUCCACUUUAGAACCAUGGUUUGUGGAACAAAUCUUAGGAUAUGGAGACCACAACGCUGGAAACUUCACCAAGCUGGAUCACCGUUCCAAGUUGUCUCUGAAAUCUAUUCCAUGUGAUAUCAUUGAAGAAGCUCUAAAAGAUUUUGAAUUGGAUUGGCAACAUGAUUCCAAGAAGAGACGUGUUGAUGAUGAGAUUAAAAAGUCCUACGAUGCUGAAAUCAUUGGGAAACAAGUAACGUUAAAAGAGGGCACGUAUCAACCUUCGCUCAACUAUACCCCAGCUCAACUGCGUGCUAUAGUUUGCUCAUCUUUAGAUGGAUUAACCAUUGUUAGAGGGGCGGCUGGUUCAGGUAAGAGAAGCUUGGCUUCGCACAUUAUACUUUCCAAUAUUGUAAACCACUCCAACGAACGGAUUCUUGUGGUUACUAAGAAUGAAAUCACUCUUGAUGAUUUAAUGGAUAAGGUUAUCAAGUUAGGUGUUAAGGAUGAAUAUGUCUUCAGUAUGACAGACACAGCUAGUCAAGAGGAGAAAGUGAAAGCUUCCACACUUAGAAUAACUGAACUACUUGGUAACGUUGGAGACUUGGCAUCUCUAUUGGAUAUUCACGGUGCACAUGAUAAUGAUCCCCUUUGCGCUACCAACUUUUGGAAGUAUGAGCUUCAACCUCUUUGGGAAUCAUUCUUACACAAGUGUAAGAGCUGUGACUCUUCAGAAGCUUUGUUAUCGUGUUAUCCCUUCAAGAGGUUUGGUAAAUUGAACAUUGACGGAUCUCAAGAUUUCAAUUCAACAUUGAAAGCCAUCCUAGGUCAUUACUGCGAAAUUGCAAACUUGUUCGAGGAGAUUGAACGCCUCGGUCCGUUAAGUUUCCUCACCUCUAAAAAGUCAAAGGCUGAGUAUCUAUUGACGUUACAAGCGAAAGUGAUUGGUGUCACUGCAAGCUUCCUUGAGGAGAAUUUCACGUUGUUACAAGGCUAUAACGUCCACUACAGCAGUAUCUUAUUUGCGGAAGCCUCACAGUUGAACAUCCAUGAAUCUAUUUUACCAUUUCUUGUCGAUUCCAAGGGAACACAGUCUAGAGUCAUUAUGAUUGGCGAUGAGCUUAACCUGGGGCCGUCUGUGCUCGACAGUGAGAGUGGUAAAGUCGUUGGACUGUCCACUAGUCUCUUUGAACAGCUGAUAAACAAAGGCGCAGCUUCAAUAACCCUGUCUUCCCCUGAAGGACCACUGGAAGUGGAGCACAUCAUUGUCGAUGGCUCUACAGAAGAACCAGAAACAGGAUUUUACCACAACCUCCAAGAGUGCAAUGCGAUCAUAGACUACAUCAGUACAUCAAACGAAGACCUCACGGUGUUAACACCAUUUGAAGGACAGAGGGCUCCACUACAAAUGAUGGUUGAUGGAAAGUUCAACGGUAAAUUCACCGUCCAAACUGUCGAGUCGUUUAGAGGAUGUCGCUCCAACACCGUCAUUGUCUCAAUGGUUCGCACAGGAAACUACAGAUUCGACGAGAAGCUCAUCCACUCCAUCUACCAAUCAGCAAUAUCCAAGCUCGUCAUUGUAUGCUCACCAGCUUACAAAAGAGACUACGGGUUUGUCUUUGUAUAGCAUAAAUCAGAGCUCCA